ACUCUAAUUUAAAAAUCACCAGGGCCAGCUUGACAGAGAUGGGGAAGUAUCAAUGUGCGGCAGAGGCGUGGAUAAAUGAAGUACAGUUGGCAAGUGUUUCUUCCAAUGAAUUAGAAGUGAUUGUCAGUAAACCAGUCAGCAAGCUUUCCAUCUCCAAUGAGCCUUUGGCUAUUAAAAGUAAAGUGAAUGCUAACGUGGAGAUAGAAUGUAAGAUUACAGCCAGUACCUAUGAGGACUCCCAGUUUAAAGUGACCUGGUACGCCAGUAAGUAUGAUGCCAAGCUCCGCAAUAAAACAAUUCUGAUAACCGACCGCAACAACAUCCUAAUGCCAGGAGAACUGAUGAACUCACACGAGAUGAAGAAUAAAUACCAAAGCAAGAGGUGCUCUAAAAGGUCUUACAAGUUGAGCAUCCUGCAGACUGAUCUUACUGACUCUGGAAAAUACUACUGUGCUGUAGAAGAGUGGCUGCAGGACGCCAACAACAUCUGGUACUCUCUGGAUAAAAAGAGCGUUGAAAUAGAAGUCAACAUUUUAUCUAUAGAAAAUAAGCUACAAGUCUCAAAAACCAACACCACCAUGACAGUCCAUGAAAACAAGGAAUUCGAGGUUAACUGCACCUUCAGCAAUGAAGUUCGGUCAACUUCUCAGUUCUCUGUUAUUUGGUAUUAUCAGAAUUCCAGUUAUACCAAGAAACCCCUUCUGAAACUUAAGCACAAUUCUAUGUUUGAAUUUCUGGGGGGAGACAAAGACCUGAUGAAGAGAAUGCAGUUCUACAGUCCUUCUGUUGGGACUUACAGUUUGGUGAUACAGAAGGCGGAUGUUGGCGACAGUGGCAUUUACUCCUGCCAGGUAGAUGAGUGGAUAAUGAACUCCAAGAAUGAGUUGCAUUUCCAAUCUAGUGAUGUAUCGGGGUUCACUAAUGUUGAAAUACAUCAUCCAGAGAAGAAAUUGCAUGUGCAGAAACAGGAUAUAAGCAUUUCCUUAGUGGAGAAGCAGGGUAGCUUUAAAUUGAAUUGUAGCAUUGACUCCAUCUCAAUCAGAGAGUCCACGUUUGAGGUAACCUGGUGGAAGAGGACUGAGCAGGGAGAGAACCAGGCCAUUUUUAUAUCCCAGCGCAAUUCUACAUUCCGCUUCCUAAAUGGGACCAAGAGCAGCUUACUGUUUGAAAGACCCACUGCCGAGCUGUAUACCCUAACUGUGCAAAGGGCAGUAGUUACGGACAGUGGGAGGUAUUACUGCCGUGUGAAGGAGUUGCUGCUCUCCCCAAGAAACCAGUGGCAUGAAAUUGCAACAGAUACUUCUGGAACUUCAACAGUUGACAUUAAGCAAGAAGAGCACAGCAUCUUCUCUACUGUCUGCGCCUCACAGUCUCUAUUCAGCUUUGUUUUCAUCUACCCCUUCAUUGUUAUUGUGCUUCUGAUAAUGGUGAUAUUAUAUUUAUAUUACAAGUUAUGGAAAACUGGGGGCAAUCACAAGUCAUGCAAGAAAAAUGGCCCGUCUCUCUGGCCGGAAGGGGAUCCACUUAAAUUUUUCAAUGAGAUAGAUUCCCAAGAUGAAAAUCCAAAUGGUGGUGAUGUAGAAAUGAACAGUGGCAAGCGAGAAUGAACUAACUUUCUCAGCUUUGAUUCGGAAAGGAGUAACAAUGCACAAAAAGUGUCCUAAAAACCAUGCAUCAAGUUAUUGCAGUAUUUCUUUCUGAUAUACAGCACUACACAAGGGAAUGAUACGUUUAGAUUUAAAAAAAGAAAAAUAACUUGGACAGUGUGCUGCAUUGUAAUCUCUGAAUUGACCCCUAAUUUUAUAUGUUUACAGCUGGUUUCACAGGCCUAGCUCAAAUCUUGGAUUACUUUACCUAAAUUAACAUUGGCUAGUCCAAGAUUGUGCAAACCGGGGUCUGUGAAACUAGUCAUAAAUUAUUAAAUAUUCAGUAUACCAAAAAGUGUAUUAGUCUUUACUCCUUACUUCACUUUUCUUUUAGAAAAGUGAAUUGUAUUUGUAUAUUUAAUGAGCCAAAGCCUUACAAAAAUACAUUUAAAAAAAAAAAGCUUUUUGUGUUGCCUUAAAAUUGUCACUAUAUUUAUAUUACCUUAUCAGAGCAAAUACCUGUUAACUACUUCCUGUCAACUCCAAGCAAGCUUUUGUAUGUUUUCAGUGAAGGGGAACUUUACUAGCUUAAUAUAAUGUUCUGUAUAUUAAUACAUGAUGAUUUGUGUCAAAAAUGUUCUUAUGUACAUGGUUUAAAGGUACAUAACUGUUCAAGAUAGAUCAAAAUGCUUUCAUGUUGAGGCCUUUGAAAACUGUUGUUUUGUUCCUUUUGAUAACUUUGAAGUACUUUUCAUUUAUAUUUUUAAAAAGUCUUUUUAUUAUUUUUAAUUUUUAUUAAUUUAGUA